UACAGCAAGAGCUAAAGCACGCCUAGCUCACACUUCAUAUUUGACCGUUUAUAUCCAAGAGCUCAUCUUUAUAGACUUUUAGAUUAUAUCUCUGUAAUCAAGAGACAUGGCUAGCUAUGGAGCAAUUCAGAGGCCAAGCGCCACCCCAAGAUCAGUCACCACAGUUGAUUCCAGUGACCUCAGAGAUUCAACAACAGGAACAAAUUGGAACGACUUCAAGCGUGCAGAAUUCAAACUGGUUUGUCCCUUUAAAAUACCUUCAAGCCCAGAAGCAGCUGCUCAAAGAAUCAUUAGAAACCUGGGCCAUUUUGCGUUAUAUUAUACUCAUUUUGUUUGGAUUAUACUGUUCAUUAGCCUAAUCCCACAGCGAAAGGUGUCUUUAAUAUUGUUGGUGAUCAUGACCUAUGUGGGAUCUCUGUACCUGUUACUGUUAAGUGCAGUGCCAAGUUCUAAUAUUAUUCAUGAGAUUUUGGACAAAAGAUUGGUGCUUCCUGUGAUAGUUGUUGCAACUAUGGUUGAGCUUGUCCUGACAGAUGCUGGUUUACAUCUUCUUUUGACGUUGGCUGGUUCUUUGCCUGUCGUUUUGGUUCAUGCUGUUUUGUGGGUUAUAGAGGAUUUUUCUGUUGAGGAAGAGAGUUAUGGUCGUCGUGGUGGUGAUGGUCCUUCAGGGGAGUUGCUUCCUCUUGUGCAGGAGUCAUCGGUGAUGGUGUGAUUAUUAUUUUUUUUUUGUACGAUCUUUAUUUUAUUUUUCCUUCCCAUGUGGGUUUGUAUGCUUAAUAAUUUUUAUGGAAAUACAAUAAACACUUUGUAAAGAAAUUUGGAAAAUUCCAAGUUUCAAGAGAGAAUUUGAUUCUGAGGAUUUUAGCAAAAAAUAUAAUUUCUCCAUGC